UUCAUCUCAUCCACCAGAAAAGGCGCCGAGCUUGGUUAAGGAAACGUGGUGCAGAUCAAUUAAACGCAUUGACUCACGUUGACAUAGAGGAUGUCCGUCGACAACUUCCGGCGCAGCUUAUCCUCUGUUUUGAGACUGACAGCUCACUACUGCAGUCCGUUUGUUGACGGGGAUACUUAAGAACUUUCCGGGGCUAGUUAGCGCAAUCACGCGGGGGUCAAGCUUAGUCUCAUCUCAUCUCAUCUCAUCUCUCUUCUCUCUCAUCUUUCCCCCAAACCCUUGCUCAGCAAAGCACUGCCAUGGAUGGAGAUCCUCAGCUUCAGCCCGACCCAUCCGGCCCAACCUCGCCGGCGAAAUCGCCCGCCCGGCGACGCAGACCGCCCUUGUCUUGCACCAUCUGUCGGCGCCGCAAGCUGAAAUGCGACCGCGCGCUGCCAUGCGGCCAAUGCCUCAAGUCCAAGACCCCCGAUCAAUGCAUCUACGUCGGACACCAACCUCCCAAGUCCGACGCACGGCGCGGGGAGAAUACCCCCUCGGAUCGCGCGCGGGCAUCCGCCACCAACAGUCGCGCCAGUCCCGCUCACGGCGGGUUGUAUGUGUUCGACUCCAAGCAUCAUCAUCAGUCGUCGGCGAACAAGAUCACGAAGCCCAAGGCGCGCUCCGAUGAGCUGCACGAGCUGCGCAACCGGGUGCAGUUCCUGGAGGCCGCGCUCUCCAAGACGGGUCCCAUCCACACCCCCGAGAGCCUGGGGUAUGACGCCCCGUCGGAGGCGGCGGGGCGCGUCGUCGCCCCAGAGGCCCAGAAUCUCACGGACGACGUCAAGGAGCUAUCAUCGCGAUCGUGCUUCCGUGGGAAGAAGAGUCGGACACGCUACUGUGGACGCUGCCAUUCAGCCGUCACUCUGGCUUUUUUCGAUGAUGUCUCUGUCUUCAUGAGAGGGCAGCGCAGUAGCUUGAAGCGCAAUCCGGACUACAAGAACUUCAAGAGUUUUAAAGGCGAAAUGUGGGCCCGCGAGCGGCAGGACCACCAACGGGCCUUUCGCAAUAAGUCUUGGAAUCUGGAGGAGAUGGUCCCGCCGCGCCAUGUUGCUGACGAGCUGGUGAACCUGUACCUGUCAACCUUUGAGAUGACCUACCGCAUCUUACACGUGCCGACUUUCCUGGAGCAGUAUGAGGCUUACUGGACAGCGUCGGGCCCACGAGACCGGUGCUUUGUUGCGAAACUCCUAGCCCUGAUGGCUGCCAGCAGUUGCUUUCUUAGUCCGACGGCAAAGAUCGAUGGUCGAGAAAAGCUGCACGAUGCCGCCGCAGAAUGGAUCGCAGGGGUCCGCUCCUGGAUUGCCCUGACCCUGGUCAGCUCGACCAUAGAUUUCAAUAUCUUGCAGAUCGAGUGCCUGAUUCUCAUUGCACGCCAAGCGGAUGCUAUUGACGGAGACAUUGUUUGGAUCUCUUCCGGCUCCCUCAUUCGUAUUGCGAUGACAAUGGGCCUGCAUCGAAGUCCCUACCGAUUUCACAAAAUGACCAAAUUCUGGGCCGAGAUGCGGCGCCGGCUCUGGGCCACGAUUGUGGAGCUGGACUUGCAAUCGUCGAUCGACAAGGGAAUGCCGCCCAACAUCGACCUAGAGGAAUUCGACUGCGAGGCCCCGUCGAAUCUCGAUGACUCUCAACUCACAGAAUACAUGACGGACGACCCUGUCCCAAAGGAUCUGGGGACCUUCACCCGCAGCACCUUUCAAGUUCUACUGCACCAGACCCUGCCGCUGCGGGUGCACAUCGCCAAAGCCAUCAACACACUGAAAUUCACCCUCUCCUACGAUGAAGCACUGCGCCUGAGCGAGGAGAUCAAUCAAUCCAUGCAAGAGGGAGCCGGCAUAUUCCAUCGCAUGGGAGCGGCCAUGUCCGCCCCGGUUGGCCAGGACCCUUCCUUCGCACAGUCCAUGCUGGUAUUCCUGAUGCGUCGAUCGCUGCUCGUGCUCAACCGCCCGUUCGCCCUCAGCAUCCUCCGGACCCCAAAGUUCUCCUACUCGCGCAAGAUCUGCCUGGAAUCGGCGCUGCAAAUGCUCUCGUACCUCGAGCCCUCGACGGAGACGCAGCAGGCGCUGCCUCAGCUGGCGCAGCUCAGCGGCGGGAUGUUUCGCGAUGAGUUCCUCCAUGCGGCCCUGACGGUGUGCGUGGAGCUGUACCUGCAGUCGUGCGAGUUCAGCCUCCCGCAGUCCUUGCCCAUGGGCCCGUCCAGUACGUUGACAUCCUUCAAUGAUCUCGUCCGAUCGCAGCAGGAAGUGAUGCUGCAGGCGGUGCAGCGGACGAUCGACACCUUUGGCAGCCGGAUGGGUCCCAGCGGCAAGGGCUGCAAGGCGUUUUUCUUUCUCACCAUGGUGUUGGCGUCUGUCAAGGCGCGGAUCAACGGGCAGGACCCGCAGAAGGUGAUUGAGCAGGAUGUCGCGGUUUGCAUGCGGCAGUGCGAGCAAGUGAUGCGGGGGACGCCGUGGGCGGCGGUCUGCGAUCAGACAGGCAGUUCCGCGAUGCCCGCUACCGCUACCGGCCAACCGUCGUUGGAUGCUACAGUCCCGGUCGACACCUUUGACCCUGCCUCGUUCGGGCUGGAUGCGCCGCUUGAUUUCGGAAACCUGUUUGACAUGGCGGAUUUCGGGGCAUCGGAGCUGUGGGAUCGAGAUUUCUUUGCCAGCUUUUAGUUCUGGGAUGGUGGCGUUUGCGGUGGGUUCCGGGUAGUACACAUUAACACUAAUGACACUCUUAAUUAGUUUAUUCUUAUGAUGGGUUUGGGUAUCACGACUACUCUUCUCAAUGAACAUAUAUACCAUAUGGCGCUUAGCAUCCAU